AUGGACCCGUCAGUCGUACAUCGUUCUCGAGCUCAAGAACGCAGCAAUGUGAUUGUGCGAAGGUUCUCUGAUGACCUAGCUGGAGAUUCUGCCUUAUCCGUUGGGACCAAAGUGGUGGUCGCGCAAAUCGAUGCGGAGAUUGAAGCUCGAGAUAGGAUGCGGGCGCAGUCGCACUUCGAGGAAUUUGAUGAAAAUUCACGGCCUUUCGACAAGUGCGAAGUCGCGCGCAAAGCGCUCGAGUAUGCAUCAGACGAAUUUUUCAAGUCGAUGGAAAAGAAAUCGAGCGAAAGCAAAUUCAGCGUGUUUGGGAAGUCCCGGAGAGAUGCGAAAAUCCAAGUCGAGCAGCGUAUGAGGCAGAGUACCGGUAAGAGCCUGGAAGACGUCAAAGGACUUGUUGAAGGAAUGGCGGAUGAUUGGAAAAGAAGCCAUGGCAAGCCUUAUAGCUACUUUACUCACAUGUGCAAAACCUUGAAUGCCCAUCGAGAUCUCCUGAAGGUUGUUCCGCAGCAGAACACAUAUGUAUCGGUAUUGUCCGGUGCACUUUCGAUGGUUGUUCAGGCAUCCGUAUACCACGAUCAAAUAGCAGAAGACCUAUCUGCCACCACAGCACACGUCUGCGAAAGGGUAGCUGUCUGUUCGGAACUCCUGGAAGUAAUAAAGAGGGACUCGAUGCACAGGCAACUAGCCGAGGUGUAUAGAGCGUUUUUCAAGUUCCUUCUGAGAGUUGCCGAAUGGUUCAACAAGUCGAGUACGUCGAGAUUUUUCGACAGCUUUAACAAAGACGUCAAAGCCAGGCAUGAAGAGGCCGUUGCAGACAUUAAUCGGUCAAUCGACAUGAUGAUAGAACAAGGAGGAGUUGAAGAACUGGCUCGCGUAGAGUAUAUCCGACGCACUGCGGACAUAAUAGAGUGGAAAGUUGACAAGUUGAACGAGGCGGUGGUACCGUUCAUGGCUGAGAUGAGGACCAAUAUGGGCACGCUAGUUGACGAAGUCCGCAUGCGUGGCCACAUACAGAGCCAGGAGGAUUUGGUGCAAAUCGGACGUUGUAUGGUGCAGCUCCUGCUAGACCAGGCGGCGCCUCACAUUCGGGCGGUAGUCGCCACUCUGAUAUCCAGGGAGGAGGCCGAUGUACGAUCCAAGCCCCUACAAGGCUUCGUCCAUGGAUCAGAUGGACUUGCGCUCAUAAAAGCCAGUCAGGCACUGGUUGCAGAAGCGCAUGUGCUAGCAUGUACUGCGAGAUGGAUUCAAGGAGGUGCACUGCAACCGCAGAGACUGUGGAUUCAAUACCCGUUCGAAUACCAAGCGGACACCAGUGCCAGAGCGACGGCGCUGGGUGUCAUUCUCACCGCGGCUCGGGCGAACGCACCAUUCCUCUCGUACAUCUGCACGAAGCCUCCCAGAGCCAACAUUGCGGCGUCUCUUUCCGUGAAAGAAGCGGGGUUGUCAUCGAUGGUCUACAGCCUCAUUCUUCAACUUCUUCGCUUUCGACCAGAGAAGGACGGUUUCAAGGUCGACGCCGCAGUAUUGAAUGGGCUUGGCGAGGGUAUGGACAGCUGGAAGGACGCCGUGGGUCUCCUUCGCCUGUUGCUCGAGCACACGCCAGUUGUCCGAUACUGCGUCAUCCACGGGCUGAACGAGCUGGAAGGUAGCGGUAACGAGGAAAGAUGCAAGGAGUUUCUGGAGGUCUUGGAGUUGGCUUCGCUUCGUCCGAAUGACCCGUUGAGCGUUCUCUUCACGACGUCCGGCCAAUCGAGAGUCUUGGGCGAUGCCACGACCAGGGACGAGCGAGCGAUGUCGAAUGCUGGUAUACGAGAGGUUCACAAGAGGGGUCAGGCUUUCCAUGGACUGCGGAUCUGAGGUGCAGUGACUGGAAGGUUUUUGCGGAACGAUGGUGUAAGGAAGUCGCGGACGCUCCCCCCGGCUAGCGAAGAGGAAGGCGCGACUGCGGGAGCGAACCGG